AAGUAUUUUCUUUGUAAAAGAAAACUUAAAUUUUUAGGGUAUGUUGUAAGUGCUCAAGGGAUUUUGAUGAACCCAGAAAAAGUUCAAGCCAUCAAAGGAUUUCACAUUUCUAAAAAUCUGAGACAGCUAAGAGGAUUUUUAG